UUGUUAACAAGGAUUCACAGGAAAAAUAAAAUAAGCUCGUACACAUCUUCAACCUUGGUUCACCAGUUCUUCUCCUUUCCAUGAUUUCUUUAGCAGAUGUCUACCAUGUGGUGGCUUCAACAGUUCCGUUAUAUUUCUCCAUGUUAUUGGCUUACAUCUCUAUGAAAUGGUGGAGACUCUUUACACCAAAUCAGUGUGCAGGCAUAAACAUGUUUGUUGCUAAAUUUUCAAUUCCACUGUUAUCAUUUCAAGUUAUCUCCAACAACAACCCCUACAAAAUGAACCUCAAACUUAUAUUUGCUGACUUUCUUCAAAAACUAUUAGCUGCUUUAGUACUCUUAGCAAUCACCAAGAUCAGCUCUAGAGGAAGGUUGAAUUGGAUCAUCACUGGUCUCUCUCUGUCAACAUUGCCUAACACUUUGAUAUUGGGAAUCCCACUUUUGAAGGCUAUGUAUGGGGCUGAAGCAGAGGCACUUUCACAGAUAGUUGUCUUACAAAGCUUAGUUUGGUAUAAUUUGUUGCUGUUCCUGUUUGAGCUAAAUGCAACCUAUGCAGCUCCAGUGGCACCAUCUUCAGAAACUACAGGAGACCAGGAGGCCCCUCAAGAAGCACAAUCAAAGGAGGAAGAAGAUGAAACAAAUACAAGUACAACAAGGAGAGCAAAAACCAUGGUCAUUCUCUUGACAGUGGGGAAGAAGCUGCUGAGAAAUCCCAAUUUCCAUGCAACUCUGCUGGGUCUGAUAUGGGCAAGCGUACACUUCAGGUGGGAUGUAAAACUGCCAGACAUUGUUGAUAAAUCUAUACGGAUAUUGUCAACAGGAGGGCUCGGUAUGGCAAUGUUCAGCUUAGGCCUGUUCAUGGCAUCACGCCCCAAUAUAAUAGCAUGUGGCGUUCGAAUGGCAGUGCUAUCUAUGUCAAUGAAAUUCAUUUCAGGCCCUGCUAUAAUGGCAGUUGCUGCCCUUGCGGUUAGAGCAAGGGGCACAGUGUUCAAAGUGGCCAUUGUGCAGGCAGCUCUACCUCAGGGGAUUGUUCCAUUUGUCUUUGCUAAAGAAUACAACAUUCAUCCAGACAUAUUGAGCACAGGGGUAAUUUUUGGCAUGCUCAUUGCACUGCCAAUAGCUUUGGCCUACUACUCCCUAUUAGCAUUAUGAAAUCUAAGAGAAAUGCAACAGAAACUCCAGAAACAGCAAAUUUGUAUACACCUCCAGAAAAAGGGAUAAAAAUUUAGAAGUCUCAUUCUGUUUGUUCAACUUUCAUCUUUUCCUUCCUAUUAUUUUGGAAAGUUUGUUCAAUUUUCUGAAAUGUUAACGUAAUGCGUAUGACACUUUUUUUUUUU